CGUUCCGGUACGCGCAGGCGCAGCAGGGCUGCCCCCUCACGAAGGGCGCCACCGUCUACCUGGACGAUUGUACCCUUCGCUUCGCCGGCAUCCGAUUCCUCGACUUCCUUAGAGAGGACCAGUGGCUCGUCCCAGAAUUGGUUCCCGCGAUUGAACCUGCCUCUGGGAGCGUCAACGCCACAGAUGCCUGGUUCGGCGCCGCCGUCGCGGGGAUCUUCACGGCCCUGGUCGACCGCGCAGCGGCGGCGAGCAACGCGACGAGGAAGUACUUCGCCACGGCGGAGAUGGAUUUCGACCCUAAGCUCUACGGCCUCGCGCAGUGCGCGCCGGAUCUGACGCCGGCGCAGUGCCAGGGCUGCCUUGGAGACCUCCAGUCGAGGGUGACGGCGCAGUUCCUGAGCGGACGGCCCCUCGGCAACAACGCUUUCAUGGUGUGGUGCUCCCUGAGGUAUAGUGUGUCGCCGUUCUACGCUGGCCGGGCGAUGCUACAGCUUCCGGCGCCGCCGGCACCUCCACCAACGUCCACGCCCACGCUUCAUUCUUCAGGGAGGAAAGUGAAUGCAGCAGGAAUCUCUGCAGGCAUAGCCUGUGUUGUUGUGUUGAUGUUGAUUCUUUCGGUCUUUUUCUUUAUUCGCUUCAGGCUAAGGAUUAAAGUGAAGAAAAAUGAUCACUCACUAAAGAAGAUUGGGAGAGCUCAAUGCACGAUCUUUGAUUUAUUGACACUGGAAGAGGCGACUGAACAUUUCGCAGAGAAAAAUAAGCUUGGAAAAGGUGGUUUCGGUAUUGUGUACAAGGGGAUACUGUCUGACGGGCAAGAGAUAGCAGUCAAGAAACUUUUAGGAAGAGCCGGGAGUGGGUUGGAUCAGCUACAAAAUGAGGUGCAAGUACUGGCAGAGCUUCAGCACAAAAAUCUUGUUGGGUUACAGGGUUUUUGCUCGCAUCAUAAUGAUACACUGCUAGUUUAUGAAUACAUCAAGAACGGGAGCCUUGACACUAUUCUAUUUGAUGAUAGGGAAGGAAAUGCACUUAACUGGGAGCAACAGUACAACAUCAUCUUUGGAAUUGCCAAGGGGAUUUUGUAUCUCCAUGAGGACUCAAGCAUGAGGAUCAUCCAUCGGGACCUGAAGGCAAAUAACAUUCUUCUUGACGACAACAUGGAACCGAAAAUUGCAGAUUUCGGGUUGGCAAGGCUUCUAGGAGAAGGCCACACACAUACUCAGACAGGCAGAGUUGUUGGGACAUUCGGUUAUAUGGCGCCAGAGUAUGCAUCACAUGGUAGUGUGUCGCCUAAGAUUGACAUCUUUAGCUUCGGCGUCUUGAUCCUUGAGAUCGUGACCAGGAGAAGCAACUGCAGCUCUGAUGACCACAGCACUGUGAAUCUCCUAAGUGAUGUCUGGGAUCACUGGAAGAAAGGGACGAUGCCACAAAUGCUUCACCGGUCACUGGAUGAGUUUGCUCGAAGCCAAGCGCUGCGAUGCAUCCACAUUGGUCUGCUGUGCGUCCAGCCGGAACCUGACGAUAGGCCUGACAUAUCAGCCGUAGUGUUCAUGUUAACCAGGGAUAGCAUAGAGCUCCAGCCGCCGGGGCAGCCUGCGUUCUUCUUCGGUAGAGAAUCACCUUCAGCUUUACGAUUAGAUGGUCAAAGCAGCUAUGUAUAUCACCGUGAUGGUUUCAAAUUGGGACAGGGCGUCUCGGUGAAUGGGGUUACACUCAGUGAACUGUAUCCUAGAUAGGAUCAAAGUCUGGAUACUGAGCACAUGGAAUACAGUUAACAUGUUGAACUCGAUAGGUUUCUUUG